CUUUUCAAACUUUACGGUAGCAAACUAGUUAUUGACAGAUUAAUAAAUGACACGGUAUUUGGCAUUAGACUGAAAUAUACAUGGCCAGGAGAGGGAGCCGCAACUACAGUUUUCAUGAUCUAUUUUGUAAGCAGAGGUUAGAAGUUAAAAACGUAUAAUUUUGCCAAUCUAGUACUACUACCCAGUGAACCCUAGUUAACGUCAGGUGAAUAACGACAGUAGGCUGUUAUUCGCCAAGAGACGAAAGUUGUUCUUCAGGACAUGGAGAAGGCUGAAGUGAAGCAGAUCCGCACUUCCCAUGAAUGCCUACAGAGAGAGCAUCUUCCAAAGCGACCCUACAGGAGGAAUCAAACCCAGUGUACACCAUCGUCAACUCUACCACCUCCACCCCAAACACUUUUUCCUGAAUUGUUGAAAGUAAAAACAGAAGUGGCCGCUCACCCUGGAAAGCCAAACGAUGCCCCAGUAGUGCUGCCUACUAAACAUACUCAAUACACAUCGACUUCAGGAGCUUCCAUCAAGGGCCAUCCAUUGGCCGUGAACAUGACCAGUUAUCCCCCUCUGAGCAAACCCAGCCCUGCAGGACUAAAGCCUCCACCCAAUAGGCCUGUUAUUCUUCACAGUGGGAAGACUGGAGAUGGUUAUCAGCAAUUCUAUCUGCAGACAAACAGUACAAUAUAUCCAGCUGCCACAGGGGACAUGUCAGCCUACCAGCUGCACACCCCGGCCUCCAGCCUGCCCCAGGGGGUGGGGAUGGCCCACCUCCACGGACCCCAGAAACCCCCUGAGGUGAUCACCCAAAAGAGGGAGCUCCGCCUCAUGAAGAACAGGGAAGCUGCUCGGGAAUGUCGCCGUAAGAAGAAAGAGUAUGUGAAAUGCCUCGAGAACCGUGUGGCCGUGCUUGAGAACCAAAACAAGACUCUGAUCGAGGAGCUAAGGGCCCUCAAAGACAUCUACCGACACAAAGCCGAGUGAUGCGUGGGAUGACUAAGAGGGGACCGGGGAAUGCGUACGGAUUACCGGCAGUGUGGGUUGCGUCUUUGGGAAUCUACCUUUGUUUUGGACACCGACACAAAAGCACACACACACACGCUCUUACAGGUGCACACAUAAAAAUGGACACACACAAAAACACAUUUAUUACGUUUAGUUCAUAGAUUACCCAAUCACGUCCCAUGGGUCGUUCGUGUCCAGCAGCGAAGCAGGUGGAUUUGUUUUCUCUUCAGGUAGGCGCUUAUUAUGGCCAGUGAGUGUCAACAGGCGCUUGUGUCCCCCGUUGCUUAGGGAGGCAGCCAAAGCCUGCAGGCAGAGGAAGAAGAGCUACAUGAGCUGCCUGGAGGCUUCAGUUGCCAGGCUGGAGGAAGAGAACAAGAAGCUGAGGGCCAGGCUGCAAUGUUUCCAGAACACCUACAGCCUACAGUGAGAAAGGUCUGAUGGCGGACAUCCCCACAGCCCCCUAAAAAAGAUUUCACAGAUAUUUUUUUCCAAUUGCUCUCAUGAUCAAGCCACAGUUUGGCCACAUUCAUUCCUCUGUGAUCCCUUCAUAGAUAGGCUUCAAGGGAAAAAGAAAGCCAUUACUUCAAUGGGAUUUCUGUUUUAUUGUGCAGUUUGUUCUUGGCCAAUGCAAUGCAUGAUUUCAAUUUGAUCAGGGAACAUUAGGCAAUCAGAAGCAAAUAUCAUAAUGGAAUCAGAGCCUUUAGGCCCCCCCACUAAGCUAGAUGCACCACGCAUUACCAAACAGCCUGGCAUUCAAGCCACCGCUACACUUCACGUUUUGAAUUAUUAUUGAUGAGAAUAUUUGCUAUUGGUCCUUUGCUAUAGAUAUCUGUUGAACAAAUUGGCUAGUAGCACACAUUGUUUACAUGAAAAGUGCCAUCGUUAUUGAAUGUAUAUGGUUUCAAAAAGCACAGAUUAUUAACAUUGAUGAUUCAUGUUUGUUAUGCUAUUACUAAAUGCUUCUGCAAUUUUUUAUGCACUUACUGUAAAGUUGUGUUUGUGACUUUAUUAAUUUGAUUUGACUUAAGUUAAACUAAUAGGAAUGUAUUGUUCAGCCAUAUUGUUCCGAUUUAGAUCAGUUAUUAUUAAUAUUCUUAAUAACCUAACUUUUCUAUCGAUUUGUAAAAACUAUGCUACAUUGUUCAUUUUAUUGUUUAAAAAAAAUGCAUAGUAUUUUUGGUUCUGUACAGUGCUUGUUUUUAGUGAAAGGCUUUCAUAUAUUUGUAAUAAAUGUUUUCAAGUGUCCA